AUGUCUACCAUACUUCUCACUGGAGCGAACUCGUUCGUCGGUUCGCACAUUAUCGAUGCAUUGAUCAAGCUCAAUCAUAAGGUGGUGGGAACUGUCCGGUCAGCUGCGGCUGCUAAUGACAUUCUAUCUUUUCAUCCUGAAUGGAAAGACUCUCUUGAAGUAGUUGUUGUUGAGGACAUUACAAAUGGAGACGCUUGGGAUGAACUUGCUGACACUUUGAAACAGGUUGUGCAUGUUGCUGCACCGCUCUUGGACAAUCCGGGAAACACUGACUACGACCAACAUUUUCUGACCCCCAGUGUCGAAGGAAACCUAGCGCUUCUCCGUUCCGCGCAAGCGAAUGCGCCGGCUCUAAAGUCAAUCGUUGUAACCGGAUCUAUCAAUGCCUGCACUACAGGCUCGCCUAAGGAAGUGUCGGCAGGCCCAAUAACCAAUUCAACAUGGCUCCCAGUGACCAAGGAGGCAGCACGUGAAGCUCAGAAUGCCUACAUCUCUUACUGCUCAGGAAAAAAAGAAGGAGAACUUGCCAUUUGGGAUUUUGUAAAGACGAACUCUCCGAAGUUUUCUGUUACCGUCUUUCUACCAGCGCUCAUCUUUGGACCUCCAAUCGAGCCAGUUAAGCAGGGGGCAAAAGGUCUACACUAUAGCGCCAGGAUCAUUUACAGCUUCUUCAACGGCACAUACACAACCAUUCCGCCUACCACUUUCCCGAGCUACGUCGAUGUUCGCGACUUGGCAGAGGCCCACGUGAAGGCGCUCACGGAACCUAAGGUGGCUAAUAAGAGACUCACCAUCGGUGGCCAAUCCAUGACAUAUACAAAGCUUGUGCACUCUCUCGCCAAAGUUCCGGAACUGAAGGGCCGUUUGCCCGCCGAUAGUGGGGAGGAUGAAAACGUUGUUCCCGCGACAGUUAUCGCAGAUGAGGCAACUGAGGCGCUCAAUUUGACGUUCAGGAGCAUUGAUGAGACGAUGGCUGACACGGCGAAGAGAAUCUUGGAAUUGGAGAAACAAAACUAA